AUUAUGUUUCUGAACCCAGACCCAGCCAGGACUUGUCUCUAUUCAUUUUCUGGGCUGUGUCUAACAGGAGAUAAUAGGCUAGAGAGAGAUGCUGUAUGAACAAAUAGAGAAACACAUUUGUUUUUAACAUUCUCUGUUGCUGAUGUUGGAAAAAAAUGUGAAACAAUUAUUGCACAUUUCAUUUUACUAAGUUUUACUUUUUUUCCCCUUUCCCCUAAUUUUCUCUUUCUUGAAUUUUGAACAAAAUACACAGAAGGAAAACACAAAACACAGAAAUGGAAAGUAAAAUGGAAGAAAAUAUCAAGAAAACUUUAUUCUUGCUUAUAUUUUAAAAGACACAUUUUAAAGUGUUAUCUUAAAAAUCCAGAGCAUUUUAGAAGAUGAAAUGCCAAAAGGUCUCCAUUAUGUCUAUAUGUCUAUGUCUUUGAGUGACAAUCACAGUGCUGAUGUAGGGGGAAAGGGGGAACUAGUUAGACACUGUCACUCACCUGGAAAGGCUUUAUUCACCUGUUCCACAGGGCAGUGAGGCACCUUCAGCUCUGAAUCACCGAAAGAGAAUCUGGUGGGGCAAGUUCCAGCUGCAUGAGGAUUUGUUUGCAUAAAUAUUUUUUACUUAUUGCUAACACUGAGGGUGCCUUCUUACUCCCUGGCAAACAUUAAACCACUUUUAUUUCCUUUCAUGGAAAUAAGAUUAUAUUUACAGAUGGUUCUUAGAUAUACUCACCUGAUUUUUUUUUAAUUGCUUUUCCACCUGCUUCCCCUUUCUUCUUAGGGUGAAACUCUAGCCAUACGCCCUCUUCUGGUUUCGGGUGAGGAGCCUGAAUUGUGGGUAUCGUAGUUCUCUUGCCUUUUGGGGUUUCUAGUUGGGCAGCUUUGGAGCCACACUGGUAGAACUUCAAGUCCCAGGUGGCUCAGGAAGCAGGGGUGCAGUUGCCUGCCUGCAUACGGAGCAAGGCAUGUUUGAAGAGUACCCGGUUUUGGUAGAGUGACUUCUAUUCACUAAAACCAUGUGUCUGAACUGAAGAAGCUUGGGCUCACUUCCACAAAUGAGAUUGAAACGUAAUGGCGUGUGUUCUACCCUCACGAUUAAAAAGGAAAAGUUCUCUGUGAAUCAUAAUCAAAGAAUCUUUGACCUGAAGGAUGGGACUCAACUAUUUAAAGGUGAAGACUGCCAGUCAGUGUGAAUUGUUUAAAAAAGUCCAACAAUUUGGGGCUGGACAACCAGUCAAAUGGUUGAAAUAAGAAGAUGGGAAAAAAUAUGUCAGUAGGUAGCCUUGUCAGAUGAUAUGCAAAUGAUUCACAUCAGUGUUUGAAGUUCAAACCAAGGAAAACUGUGGAAAAAUGCUAAUCACUGAAAGAAAACAUUUUUGGUCAGGAAGAAUUGCACAAAGUAGGUCUGAAGCAAAUUUGAUUGACAUGGAAGCUGGAAAACUCUCAAAAAGUUGCAAUAUUACAGAAUGCCAGGACCCAGACUUGCUUCACAAUUGGCCGGAUGCUUUCACCCUUCGUGGUAAUAAUGCUUCCAAAGUUGCAAAUCCAUUCUGGCAUCAACUGUCUGCUUCUAACCCAUUUUUGGAUGACAUAACUCAACUAAGAAAUAACAGGAAGAGAAAUAAUAUUUCCAUCUUAAAGGAAGAUCCUUUUCUUUUCUUUAGAGAAAUAGAAAAUGGAAAUUCUUUUGAUUCCUCCAGUGAUGAACUUGAUGUGCAUCAGUUACUUAGGCAGACUUCCUCAAGAAAUUCUGGAAGAUCUAAAAGUGUUUCAGAACUUCUGGACAUUUUAGACGACACAGCACAUGCCCAUCAGAGUAUACAUAACUCUGACCAGAUCCUACUACACGACUUAGAGUGGCUUAAAAAUGAUCGGGAGGCUUAUAAAAUGGCUUGGUUAAGUCAACGCCAGCUGGCCCGCUCCUGCCUUGAUUUGAAUACAAUUAGUCAGAGCCCUGGAUGGGCCCAGACACAACUUGCGGAGGUCACCAUAGCUUGCAAAGUAAACCAUCAAGGAGGGUCAGUACAAUUACCUGAAUCAGACAUCACUGUUCAUGUGCCCCAAGGUCAUGUGGCUGUGGGAGAAUUCCAAGAGGUGUCUCUAAGGGCUUUCCUUGAUCCGCCACACAUGCUUAACCAUGAUCUUUCGUGCACUGUGAGCCCGUUGUUGGAAAUCAUGUUAGGCAACCUCAAUACAAUGGAAGCCCUUUUGCUGGAGAUGAAAAUUGGGGCUGAAGUAAGAAAGGAUCCUUUCAGCCAAGUCAUGACAGAAAUGGUGUGUUUACACAGCUUGGGUAAAGAAGGCCCUUUUAAAGUUUUAAGCAACUGCUACAUUUAUAAAGACACCAUCCAAGUCAAGCUAAUCGACUUGAGUCAGGUAAUGUAUCUAGUGGUUGCUGCACAAGCUAAAGCUCUUCAGUCACCAGCUGCCACCAUUUGGGAUUAUAUCCACAAAACCACCUCAAUUGGAAUUUAUGGACCCAAAUAUAUCCAUCCCAGUUUUACUGUUGUUUUAACAGUUUGUGGACACAAUUAUAUGCCAGGACAGCUUACAAUUUCUGAUAUUAAGAAGGGUGGAAAAAACGUAUCUCCAGUUGUGUUUCAGCUCUGGGGGAAGCAGUCAUUUUUACUUGACAAGCCACAAGAUUUAAGUAUUUCUAUUUUUUCCUGUGAUCCUGAUUUUGAAGUAAAGACAGAAGGAGAAAGGAAAGAAAUUAAACAAAAGCAGUUGGAAGCAGGUGAAGUAGUUCAUCAACAAUUUUUAUUUUCUUUAGUUGAGCACCGAGAGAUGCACUUGUUUGAUUUUUGUGUUCAAGUGGAGCCUCCCAAUGGUGAACCAGUUGCACAGUUCUCUAUCACUACUCCUGAUCCAACCCCAAACCUAAAAAGACUCUCGAAUCUGCCAGGCUAUUUGCAGAAGAAGGAGGAAAUCAAGUCUGCUCCUUUAUCACCAAAAAUUCUUGUUAAAUAUCCUGCAUUUCAAGAUAAAACAUUGAACUUUACCAACUAUGGGGUAACCCUGAAGGCAGUGCUAAGACAAAGCAAGAUUGAUUACUUCCUCGAAUAUUUCAAAGGGGACACAAUAGCUCUCCUCGGGGAAGGUAAGGUAAAAGCUAUUGGUCAGUCCAAAGUGAAAGAAUGGUAUGUAGGAGUCCUCAGAGGUAAGAUUGGACUUGUACACUGCAAAAAUGUCAAGGUGAUUUCAAAGGAGCAAGUAAUGUUUAUGUCAGAUAGUGUCUUUACAACCAGAAAUCUUCUUGAACAAAUUGUCCUGCCUUUAAAAAAAUUGACUUAUAUCUACUCAGUUGUAUUAACCUUGGUGUCAGAAAAAGUUUAUGAUUGGAAAGUUUUAGCUGAUGUCCUGGGUUACUCACAUCUGUCCCUGGAAGAUUUUGAUCAAAUUCAAGCAGACAAAGAAUCAGAAAAAGUUUCUUAUGUUAUAAAGAAGUUAAAGGAAGAUUGCCACACAGAGAGAAAUACAAGGAAGUUUCUGUAUGAACUUAUUGUGGCUCUUCUGAAAAUGGAUUGCCAAGCGUUAGUCGCACGUCUCAUCCAAGAAGCUGCUGUUCUGACUUCAGCUGUCAAGCUUGGAAAAGGCUGGAGGGAACUAGCUGAAAAGUUAGUACGACUCACAAAGCAACAAAUGGAGGCAUAUGAAAUUCCUCAUCGAGGAAACACUGGAGAUGUUGCUGUUGAGAUGAUGUGGAAACCUGCCUAUGAUUUUCUGUAUACCUGGAGUGCUCACUAUGGAAAUAACUACAGAGAUGUGUUACAAGACCUUCAAUCAGCUUUGGACAGAAUGAAAAACCCUGUGACUAAACACUGGAGAGAAUUAACUGGAGUUUUAAUACUAGUAAAUUCUUUGGAGGUUUUGAGAGUAACCGCAUUCUCCACUUCUGAGGAAGUAUAGAAACAAAGGGUGUGUUUUUGAUGGGAGGGAAAAUGAGGUAAUGGUGUGUGUGUGUGUGUCUGUGUGUGUGUCUGUGUGUGUGUAAGAAAGAAAGAAUCUCAGAAAAGCAUUAUAUUACUUUUCUUCAUGCUCAAAACCAAUAUUUUUUUUCUGAUGAAAGCACAGCCUAACUGAUAACCAAGAUGGGUUUUAUCCUCAAAUAUGUGUUUUUGUGUAUGUUUCAAAUACAAGUAUUAGGCUGCUUUGUUCUUAGAAAGGAAAGAAAAAAGAAAAGUGCCCUCUCUCUCUUUCAGUGUUAUUUUAAAUUUAUUAAGUCAAAGCUGUUUGAAUAAUUACAUCACACAGAUAUCUGGGUAAACUAGAGACUAUCAACAUGAACAAGGCAGUGUUCCCAGGAGGCAGCCAGAAAGAGGGGAAGCAAGCACACACCCUGUGGCCAGUCACGGCUGCCCGCUUUCCACACCUGACCUCUUCAGUUCAUCAGUGGGGUUCACCAGCAUCACCCCCAUUUUUCAUGGGGAGAAACUCAGAAGUGGAGAGAACGUCUGAGGCUACAUAGCCAGUACAAAGUAGGUUUUCUGCUUGAAAAACCUGUUUCUAUUUCUUUUUAAAAAAUCAUAAUGCAUAACAGAAUAGUAAAAACAAAAUGCAUGUUAAGACUUGCAGGGAAACAGUCGCCGUUUCAUUUUAAGUGAGACUUGCUACUCUUUUUCAUCGUCUCUUGAAAGACUGACAGAAGGAAAAUAUGACUUAUCAGAAAUCUGUUGUCUGCAUGCAUGGACCUAGUGUUUUCAUCAGCUCCCUUCAGCAUCUUGGGACUUCUCUAAUCCUGCCUAAUUUGGGACUUUUUCUGCAGGAUUAUAAUGUAAAAUAGUUCUUUAGCUCUUGGAGAUUUUUAAUAAUACGAGUUAUUAAAAACCACCACCACCAGAAACUUGAUUAACUUGAUUACCCUGUUGAGUAGAGAGGUCUUAACCACCAAAAACACUGAUAUCUUUAUGUUGGCAUGCUCAUGCAAACACGUGUGUGUGUGUGUGUGUGUGUGUACCACAGUGUUUUAUAAAGCACAGCCUAAUUGAUUAUAUAGGACAAAAAUUGUACAGGACCCUGGGUCAGUAUAAAUGCUAAUGGCUGGCAAAGUUCACAAAGAGAUGUAUUGUGCUUACUUCUCUGUUCAAUCCUCUGGUUGCCUGCCAGUGUUUAUGUGUGUAUUUGGACAGACAUUCAUUUAUUGUCAUUCAGUCAAUAGGUAGAGUAUAUGUGUCUAUUUUUUGGCAGGCAUAUAGAUGCUUGGGGCUAAUGGGAAAAAACCAGCAUGAACUCUGACUUUAGUAGUGCUAAGUAAUAGAAAA